UCUGUUCGUGGUUUAUCUGCGUUUGAUCUGCGAUUUCUCUCUGUGAUAUGCGAUUUCUCUGGUAAGAACCCUAAUCUGUUCGUGGUUGAUCUGCGAUUUCUCUGCGCGAUCUGUGAUUCUCUGAAACAAGCAAUGGGUUGGUGCACACAUUGUAAUGAGGAAUGCGCCGCCAUAUAUCAGGAUCCUGACGACAAUCAUAUUCACUGUGCGACAUGUGAAAACAUCCUAACUGAUGAUAUGUACUUCGAGACGGAUAGUAGUGGUCAGAUUUUACAAGAUACUCUGACUGGACCAUAUGAAAGAGCUCUAAAGAGAGGAAGAGAUGAGAUCAGCAAUAUUGUAAGUGGCCUGAGAAUUAGAGAUGAAGGUUCUUUAAUCAGCUGCGCUUCUUGGUUUCAUCGGUUGGCUGAAGAUAAAGAAUUCACCAAAGAACGCAAGAUACCUCAUGUUGCAGCAGCUUGUCUCUAUCUGGCUUGCAAGACAUGUAAAAUGAACUAUCUUCUCAUUGAUUUCUCUAACUACUUGCAGAUAAAUGUUUAUGUGCUUGGAGCUGUAUUUCUGCAACUUUGUCAAACUUUGAAUCUCUUGGAGCACAAAAUUAUCCAGAAUUUAGUGGAUCCAAGUUUUUUUAUCCAUCGAUUUACAGAACGGAGGAUUCCUAGUGGAUUAUGUGGUGCAGCACUAUACAUGUCUGCACUUUCUCAUGGACUUGAUCCCUCCAAAUCAAAUAUUGUGAGUAAACAACUUAUUAGCUAACUUCCACUCUAAAUAUGUACAUGCCUAUGUUUGGAAAUGUUAUCUCAAAGUAUAGUAAAUUUAUAAGAUAAAAUUUCUUGGUACCAUGUGAAUCUAUAUCUUGGAACUCAAUUAAUCCUAAUCAAAUAUUUUUAAGGAAAACUUUUUAGGCAAUUUUCACUACAAAAUGUGUGAAUGCUAACUGUAGGCAUUUGGAAAUUAUUAGGGGGAUUAUAGCAAAAAAUUUAGUCAAUAGUUUUUUUUUUCCCAUUCAAUUCAAUGGUGGGUGGAAUUCUUCUUUACUGUUACAAUUUUUAUGAAAUUUAAGAGUCACUUAAAAUCUAAAUAUAAAUUUUAUCUAAUUGUUUUCAUCUAAUUGUUGCAAGGCUUUUUUUUUUUGCGUUUACUUAGGUUUCUGUUAUACACGUUUGUGAAGUGACUUUAACUGGACGGCUGAUAGGGUUUGAGGAGUGUUCAGAAUCUGUAGAAAGUUCAGAAUCUCAUAGUUCAAUUGUAAGUACCAGACUUUCUUUGUACCAGACUUAGAAUGAUAGCGAAAUAAAAAUAUAUUAUACAAAGAAAGAAACAACAAAACAAAAUAAUUUUAAGUCUGGUACUUACAGUUGAACUAUGAGAUUCUGAACUUUCUACAGAUUCUGAACUCUCCUCAAACCCUAUCAGCCGUCCAGUUAAAGUCACUUCACAAACGUAUAUAACAGAAACCUAAGUAAACGCAAAAAAAAAGCCUUGCAGCAAUUAGAUGAAAACAAUAGAUAAAAUUUGUAUUUAGAUUUUAAGUUUGACUCUUAAAUUUCAUAAAAAUUAUAACAGUAAAGAAGAAUUCCACCCACCAUUGAAUGGGAAAAAAAAAACUAUUGAUUAAAUUUUUCUUAUAAAUUUGCUAUAAUCCUCCUAAUAAUUUCCAGAUGCCUACAGUUAGCAUUCACACAUUUUGUAGUGAAAAUUGCCUAAAAAGUUUUCCUUAAAAAUAUUUGAUUAGGAUUAAUUGGGUUCCAAGAUAUAGAUUCAUAUGGUACCAAGAAAUUUUGUCUUAUAAAUUUACUAUACUUUAAGAUAACAUUUCCAAACAUAGGCAUGUACAUAUUUAGAGUGGAAGUUAGCUAAUAAGUUGUUUACUCACAAUAUUUGAUUUGGAGGGAUCAAGUCCAUGAGAAAGUGCAGACAUGUAUAGUGCUGCACCACAUAAUCCACUAGGAAUCCUCCCUGUCUAAAACAAUUAAAAGCACAAGAAAUAAAUUUACUUAUGCAUAAGCAAUUGAAUUUACAAAUUGAGAAGAACUAUGUCAAUAAAAAAGAAUACCAAGCGAAGUGCCAUAUCAGAAACUACAUUAUUCUUUUCACCUAAAAGUCCUAAAUUUCACAUGUUUUACACAAUGAAUUCAAUCUAGUCUAGUUUAAUCUCAUAACUAUGUUACCUUGACAAAUAAAUAGCAUGAAAAGAAAAUAAAACAAAUAAGGUCAUCUUUACUAUAAUAAUUUACUAAUUAUUAAAUACAUAUUUCCAACCACACAAAUGUGAAUAUAUAUCUACCUUGGAUAAGUUUUCUAUUAAAAUGAAAAUAGUUAAUCACAAUCAAAGAGCUAGCGGGAGCUUCAUGCACCGGGCUGCACUUUUUUUUUGUUACAAACAAAAAACUAGCGAGCAAAGGUGUUAUUCUCUACUAAAUUUACAAUAAACAUGGAAGGGAAUAUAAGUUUCUCAUAAAUCAACAAAUAGUAAUAUCCCAAUUUAAAGAAGAUAUGAAUAAUUAACAAAUCAAAUAGAAUUGUAGCCAUACACACUAAUAAAUCAAACUCCAAAGAAAGACAGGAAUUAUAUAGAUCAACAUGUAAACUUGAUCACUAAAAACUAGAAGAGUAAAUUCAGAAUAAACCAAACUGUAAUCCAUGCAGUCAUAGGAGUCUAAGACACUAGAUAAAUAAUGAAAACCAAACAUUAAGAUUAUCUACAGACAAGGAUUCAUGUUCCUCAAAAGAAGAAUUUUUAAAUAAAAAAUAGAAAACAAACUUUACUUACGUUCUGUAAAUCGAUGGAUAAAAAAACUUGGAUCCACUAAAUUCUGGAUAAUUUUGUGCUCCAAGAGAUUCAAAGUUUGACAAAGUUGCAGAAACACAGUUCCAAGCACAUAACUGAAACAAAAUAUAAGUGAGCAUUUUAUCUUGCCUAGCACUAGUUGUGCUAAGGGGAAAAAAACACAAGAAAUUCUCCAUUUGAAAGCAUGAAGAGGUCAAAAGGAGCAAGAUGUACAUACACAUUUAUCUGCAAGUAGUUAGAGAAAUCAAUGAGAAGAUAGUUCAUUUUACAUGUCCUGGAACAGGAAACAGUUAAAUUGCAUGAACUAAAUUCUAAAUGAAGUUACUACAUUGAUACAUUAGCAUGCAUUUCUCACUUGCAAGCCAGAUAGAGACAAGCUACUGCAACAUGAGGUAUCUUGCGUCCUUUGGUGAAUUCUUUAUCUUCAGCCAACUUCAGAAAUGGAAAUGUGAGAAUAAAUUGAUUUCCAUGUAUGACAACCAAUCUAUAAAAAUACCCGAUGAAACCAAGAAGCGCAGCUGAUUAAAGAACCUUCAUCUCUAAUUCUCAGGCCACUUACAAUAUUGCUGAUCUCAUCUCUUCCUGGACAAAUAAGGGGCAAAAGAUUUAAAAAAAACUAUUCACAUAAAACUAAAAAUCAAAUAAGAAUUUCUAGAAAUAUAAGACAGGAAAAAUUGGAGCAAAAGGGAUAUGAACAAAAUUUGAAACUUUAUACUCAGAAGAAAUUUUAGUCUUCAUUGCAUUAAGCAAAAUAACAAAUUUAGCACAAAAAUAUGUAAUACUCAUAUGUAGUGGAUCUUGGCAGUCUUUCAAUCAAGAAUUAGCUCAUGUAGCUACAAUACUUGUGUUAUAUCUAGAAUUUAUCUAUCCCCACAUUGAUUUUGAAAAGGUUUACGUGGCAGAAAUUUGAUCAUCAAUGUUCCUCUACAACAAGGAACCAGUAAUUCAAAUGGGAGAAUUGAUAUACUUGCAUAUUUUAAAUGAGUUCAACACUAUUUAAACAUGAACUUAAUGGAUUUUAAUUCUAGCUUUAAUAGAUUGGACCUACCAGUUCAGAUCUGAUUUAAAAUAAUAAUAAUAAACGACUAAAACACAUAGCGAGCAAAGCCAAGGAAAAGAAGACCAGAUGAUAAAGACAAAAUAUAAACAAACAAGUACUAAGUCACAUACUUUGCAAAGGGCCAGGUGAUAACUAAAAUUAAAAAUAUCACAAUAGGAUGUGACUUAAAAAUUAGAAUUCUAUCAAAAUACAACACCCAAAUUUGUAUAAACAAUUGAGUUUCAUAUCCUAGAUUACAAGAAGUUAUGUGAAUUUACCUCUCUUUAGAGCUCUUUCAUAUGGUCCAGUCAGAGUAUCUUGUAAAAUCUUCAUGAUAUUUUUAGAUGGUUGUCGAGAGAAAAGAAGUAAAUACAAAAAUAUGUUUAGGGGAUAAAAUAAAUUCACACUACUUAAAGGUUCUAUGGGCCAAUAGAUUACAAACCUGACCACUACUAUCCGUCUCGAAGUAAAUAUAACCAAACGAAUAUAUACAAAACAAACUUACAUAUGAUGACAACAUAUGACAGAGGUGACAAAUGACAGAAUAGAGUGAUGUAGUUGCACACAACGCAGAGUGUUACUAGAUUUCUAAAAAUUUACAAUUUUCAGUUUGACUUCUAAAAAUUUGCUACUCAAUUUUACAGUUUGAUUGAGACAAUUUAUAAUUUUUUUUCCUGGUUUUUUUUAGUGAUUUCUAAAAAUUUCCCAUUCAAAUUUAUUAGAUUUCUGACAUUACAGGGGUGUCGUUUCUUUAUUAGACUUAUUAAAUUUCUCGCAUUUAAAAUUAUAUAAUUAAUUAUAUAUUUUAUUUAUUUUAAUAUUAAAAUAUAUAUAAUAAAAUUUUAAAUUUAUCUUUAUGUAUAUGUGUGUAUAUAUAUAUUUUAAAAAUAUUUUCAUCAAAUAUUUUUUUAUUGUUUAAUUUUAAAAAUACCUAUGAAACAAUUGAUUGCUACUGUCAAUUCAUCGGUGUGGUUUUGUUCUGGUUGAUU